GUUAGACUUUUUUUUUAUAAAAAAAAUUUCAACGCGUGUCAAUCAAGAUGGCUUUGCGUGUACCAAAGAGCACUUUGCCCCAACUCUUCAAGGAGGGCUACAAGUUCCAGCAAGGUGUUGAUGAAGCAGUGAUGCGCAACAUCGAGGCUACUCAUGAGCUUUCCGAAGUCGUCCGUACAUCAAUGGGACCUAAUGGUCGCAACAAGAUGAUCAUCAACCAUCUGGAGAAACUUUUCGUGACCAAUGAUGCCGCAACCAUCAUCCGUGAAUUGGAUGUUGUCCAUCCUGCCGCCAAACUUUUGGUCAUGGCUUCCCAGCAGCAGGAAUCAGAGAUUGGCGACAACACCAACUUUGUCAUUGUCUUGGCCGGUGCUCUUUUGCAAAAGGCUGAGCAUCUCUUGAGAUUAGGUCUUCAUCCCUCCGAAAUUGUUCAAGGAUUUGAAUUGGCUAGAGACCGUGCUUUGGCUAUUAUUGAAGAACUUUCCGUUGACAAGAUCGAAACUCUUUCUAACAAGGAAAACCUUUUGAAGAUCACCAAGGCCGCCAUUGCUUCCAAGCAAUACGGUCACGAAGAGCUCUUGUCUGGCCUUGUCACCGAGGCUGCCUUGAGCAUUAUGCCCAAGAACCAAAGAGACUUUAACGUUGACAACAUUCGUGUUGUCAAGGUUAUGGGUUCUAGCAUUUACGAGUCUCGUGUCGUUCGCGGUAUGGUCUUUGGUCGUGAACCGGAAGGUACCAUCCAGAAUGUCAAGAAGGCCAAGGUUGCUGUCUUUACCUGCCCUCUCGACAUCACCCAGACCGAGACCAAGGGUACUGUUCUGAUCCAUAAUGCCAAGGAGAUGCUCGACUUUAGCAAGGAUGAGGAGAAGCACAUUGAAAAGAUCUUUAAAGAAUUGUCUGAUGCUGGUGUGAAUGUUGUUGUUACUGGCAACGGUAUCGGAGAGCUCGCCCUUCACUACUUGAACCGUUUCAACAUUAUGGCCAUCAAGGUCCUUUCCAAGUUUGACAUCCGCCGUUUGUGCCGCGUUGUUGGUGCCACUGCCCUUGCUCGCUUGGGUGCCCCCAUGCCCGAGGAGAUGGGUUACUGUGAUAUUGUGGAGACCGUUGAGAUUGGUAGUGACCGUGUAACUGUCUUCCGUCAGGAGCAGUCCGAGGUGUCUCGCACAGCCACCAUUGUUAUCCGUGGUGCCACUCAGAACCACAUGGACGACAUUGAGCGUGCUAUUGACGACGGUGUGAACAUCAUCAAGGCUUGUGCUCGUGACGGCCGUCUGUUGGCUGGUGCUGGUGCUGUUGAGAUGGAGUUGAACAAGCGUCUUCAGAACGUUGCUGCAAAGACCCCGGGUCUCAACCAGCAUGCUAUCAAGAAGUUUGCCGAGGCUCUUGAGGUUGUUCCUCGCACUUUGUGUGAGAAUGCAGGCAUGGAUGCUGUCGCAGUUUUGUCUAGACUCUAUGCUGCACAUUACCAGGAAGGUGACAAGGGUAACAGCAUUGGCGUUGAUGUUGAGAAUGAGAACGACGGUACAUUGGAUGCUACCAAGGCCGGUAUUUACGACACAGUUGCUGGCAAACAGCUUGCAUUGAAGUUGGCUUCUGACACAGCGAUAACAGUUCUCAGAGUAGAUCAGAUCAUCAUGUCCAAGCCUGCAGGUGGCCCUAAGCCCCCUAAGAACCAGGGUCAUUGGGAUGAAGACUAAAUUUAGAUCUUUAUCAUACAGAAACAAAAGAAAACAACAGUAACGAUAUAAAUAACAUAAUAAUAAAGAAUAACAACAAAAAAAUAAUAUAUAACAUAUAUAUAUAUAUAUAUAUAUAUUGCAUAUAAUUUAGGGAAUUUUCAUUUCUUUAUUUUAUUUUAUUUUAGAUUGUAUUAUUGGUUAAUUGGAUCUUAUUGUUCUCUGUACAUAUUAAGUUCAUAUCUCAAGCUAGCCAAUUCCACCUCUUUAGCCUCCAACUCAUGAGCAGCAUUCUACAAGAUGUGUGUGCAUACAAUCAUUAAAUCACAUUAUAUUAUAUUAU